CGGUUGGCGGCAUUGUCAUGUGACAGUUCAACUUUUUUUUUGCUGUUGCUGCUUGUCUGCGAGACGGAGAAGAAGGAAGGAUCUUUGGUCGGAUAAAAGAGAAGAGAAUCAGAAUUGGCGUGAGACAGAAGUCGAUGUUGUGUGGGGAUCGUGAAUGAAAAUCGUAUUGGAAAACGCCAUCAGCUCUGGCAGUGCGUGCAAUUAGAAUUCGGCAGAUAUUCGUGUCAGGCUGUGUGCAUGAAGGUUAAAACGUGUUCCCAAUCGAAUUCCACGUUAGCCGCAAGAGGAAGCACUCUGACAGCGACGUGAUGAGCAAGAAGAAGCACCAGGGCGAUCCGUCGUCCGGAGUCGCGGCCACCUCGGAUCGGUCGGACUGCAGCUCGGACGAGUACAACCAUGGCAACGGUAGGGGAGGUUCCGGAGUGCAGUGUUCGCACGCCCACAGGGCCGUCGAUCUGGGCAAGAUUAAGAAGGCCCUGCAGAAGGACGGCGGUCUGCGAUCCGACUGCGACGACUGCAAAAAGAAUCCACCAGUAUCGUUGUCCGGAACGGCAACGGAAGAAACUGUGGUGGCCACAUCCGAAGCAGCGACGACCAGCCUCCUUCCGCAAGAUAUGCCCGAUCUGGAGUCGGUCAUCUUCGAGAUCGACGAAUCCCUUUGGAUGUGCCUAAAGUGCGGACACCAAUCGUGCGGUCGUUACAAGAACAGCCACGCUCUGCAGCACUUCCAGACGCCACGCUCAGACUGCCACAGCAUCUGUUUGAACACCACGAAAUGGUCGAUCUGGUGCUACGACUGCGACGAGGAGCUCAACAUCACCGUCACCAAGAAGAUGCUCGAGUGCGUCGAGUAUCUGAAGAAGCAAUCGGAGGGCGGUAAAAAGAAGAACAACAACAACUUGAACAAUUCCGACUCCAAUAAGGAUGUCGACAACACCGGUGCCAGCAGUAAAGUGAUUUGCGUGAUCGACGAGAAGACGUCACUGGCAUCAUCGUCGUCGAGUUUCGUCAAGGAUGAGGUGCAGAUACCGGGCGUCGGCGAUCUGCCGAAAGCGCGAGGACUCUCGAACCUGGGCAACACGUGUUUCUUCAAUUCUGUGAUGCAAUGUCUGGGCCAGACUCCGUACCUGCUCAACCUUCUGGAGGAGACCUCCAAACCGGGACAAUAUUUCAAGCUGCCCGGAGGAAAACUGACGCUCGACGAGAAGACCAACGAGUCUGUAGAGUUGGACCCUCUGGAUGGUGAAUUGGAAGAGUGGAAGCCGUUGACGAAGGUGCUUGCCGAGACAUUGAGGGAACUGCAGAGUGGUCGGCCGGAGGUGCACAAUCCUCGCAUGCUCCUCUCCAGGCUGACGCAGAGGAUGCCGCAAUUCGGCGGUGGCGAUCAGCACGACUCGCACGAGCUGUUGCGGCAUCUGCUGGAGGCGGUGCGCGAGGAAGAUUUGCGCCGAUACCAGUCGGUCAUUCUGCAGAAGUACGGUCUGGUGAAGGCCGAUCCGGCCACCGUCAAAGGUAACACCAAGAAGAUCAUCAAAUACUACGGAUCGCAAGCGUCGGAGCUGCUGCUGCCCACCGAGCAGGUGUUUCGAGGUGUCCUCGUGAGCACGCUGCAAUGCCAGGACUGCAACCACACCUCGCAUCGCGACGAAUUCUUCCUCGAUCUGAGUCUUCCCAUCUCCGAGAAGCAGACGCCGCCGGUGCUGAGGCGCAAGGCGGACGAACUGGACGACAACAAAACCUCCAAGCAUCAGAUCAAGAAGGAGAAGCGACAGGCGAAGAAGAACAAAAAGAGCAAGCACCAUCAAAAGCAGAUAGCCGUUGCGUCCGCCUCCACCGCCGCAGACAACCAGACGAACUCUGCCUCGUCCCCUUCGAUCGACAAGUACUGCUCGGACAGCGAGUCGGACGCGGACGUCGAGGAUAACAUCGAGGACUCCAAUAAUGGCAGGUCAAUGGAUGAGGGACCAUCGAAGGGUACCGAAUCUGGAUACAAUUCGGAUAAGAACGGCAUCAGUCCGGACAACGCAUCGCCCGACAUGAUCGUCGGUAUGCUGAGCGUGUCGCCGUUGGGUAAUGCAAGUCCAGACAACAGCGCGGCCUCCAGCGAAACGAACAUCGAUAUGGGUAGUCCGACGUGCGGCAGAAAUACACCCAACGAGAUGGACGAUGAACUGACAAGACCCGCCUCUCUUUUAUUCAAUACGAAGAACAAAAGCAAUGAUCUCAAAGCUGACUUGGAAAAGCUGUCUCUGAAGAACGAGCUCAAAACUGAGGACGGCGCGUGCGGUGGCGUCGGACUCAACGACGAGGAUGAGGAUGAAGAUGAAGAAGAUGAGGACGACGACGAGGACGAAGAAGAUGAUGAGAAGAUGGAAGUCGAUGACGAGGACAUGUGGUGCGGCACGAUAUCGGACCGUUAUCAUAUAGAGGACGGCGAGUGUUCGGUGCAGUCGUGCCUUAACCAAUUCACCACCUCCGAGCUGAUGACGGCCAACAAUAAGGUCGGCUGCGAGCUGUGCACCAAGAGGCACGGCGGACCCGACAAGAAAACCGUCUACACGAACGCCCGCAAGCAAUUGCUCAUUUACAAUCCGCCCGCCGUGCUCAUUCUCCAUCUGAAGAGGUUCCAGGUAUAUCACUUUCGUCCGUUGAAGAUGUCCAAGAACGUCAAGUUCCCGAUCGUCCUGGACAUAGCGCCGUUCUGCUCGAAGCGCUCCAAGAACCUGCCGACGUUCACCGCCGGCCAGAACCGCGUGCUGUACUCGCUUUACGGCGUCGUCGAGCAUAGCGGAACGAUGCACGGGGGACACUACGUGGCGUACGUCAAGGUGCGACCCAAGCUGGACGACGACAGCUACCGUUGGGGAUUCCUCCCCAAGAAUCAGAGACGCGACAAGGGUGGUGCAGUCGGUAGCGGCAGUUCCCCGCCCCCGAGCGAACCGCAAGCUCCGCCCGGCAAGUGGUACUACGUCAGUGAUUCGUUCUCCUCGGAGGUGGCCGAAUCCAAAGUGCUCAACGCGAACGCGUACCUGCUCUUUUACGAACGCAUCCUGUAGUAGU